UGCCUGAUAAGACCUCGUAAGGUUUAUGUUGUACUAUCUUGAAAUUGAUUUUUUUCCCCCAUUUUCAACACAAUUUUUUGCAUUUUGGGAACAACAUUCUUACUCAACAAAUAUACUUUAAUUUUUUAAUAAUUUACCGGAAAGUUUAAAAUUUUUCUUUUUCUAUCAUAAAUAAAGCUAAACAAUAAAAAUAUGAUGAAAAGCUUUUAUUUUUAUGGUACCUAAAUACUUAACUAAAUGCUAAAACAAAAAUAGGAAAUAGUGUUUCUUUUUUCUGUUAUUGGCCAUACAAAUAUAUAUAUAUAUAUAUAUAUAUAUAUAAUAGUUUUCCUUUUUCUUAGAAAAAAGCCAAAUACAGCCAGAUAAGCAAUUAUUCCACCAAAGCUGAGUUGUCAAAUGAUUCAUUCGGGGAGCAUUUCUUGUCGCCGUCAAUUUCUUGCGGCCUAAUUCUGCUUCAUCUGAUUCAUCGACACCCAACAAAAAAAUUCCAUCCACUCUUUUCCAGUUUUCCCCGUUUCCCAGCUAAGCUAGCUUUAAAACAAUUAUAUAUGGCGGAUCACGAUGGCCACGUCGUGGAAAAAGAACCAACGCCGGCGACCACCGCAAGUGGUGGAGAUGUCGAGAACCAAGGCCAGCCUGGCGGCGGCGGUGCCGGAAUAUCGAAUAUAUUACGGCGGUGGAAGAGGGAGGAUUUGUUGAAAAAAGGGUCGCUGGCUCUGCGUGGGAUUGCGUUGGUUUGUUCAUUGCUUGCUUUCAUCAUCAUGGCUAGUAACAAACAUGGCGAUGGCAGAAACUUUGAUGAUUACGAACCUUACAGAUAUGUACUGGCAAUAGCAAUCCUAUCAACACUGUAUACAGGGUUGCAGGUAUUCAGGCAGGUUCAUGAACUUUCAUCCGCAGCUCAAUACUUUUCACGCCAGAAUUUGGCCAUGGUAGACUUUAUUGGCGAUCAGGUUGGUGGUCUUUCUUUAAAAAAAAAAAAUUAAAAAUUUUUAAUUAUAAUUUUUUUUUCCUGUGUCAGUUCCAAAAUAUAGUCAAUGCCCUCAACUUGCUGUGUGAAUUUGUUGAAUUUUUGACUGACAUCACAUAGCGUGUUUAAAGGGAAGAAAAUGACUUUAGGCAUCUCCGUCUGCAUUUUGCAUCUAAUGUUUGGAUUUCAAAAAGUAUUUAAGUAUUUAUGUUGAAGAAAGAGUGGCUUUGUUUUGCAUUUAGCAGUUCAAGUUACAGAGGUAUGGGGAAGGCCUACCAUGUUGGUUUCGAUUCUAAUCUCAGUUCUGUUUCUCAAUUUCACUUGAAUUGCAGCUGAUUGCGUACUUGGUUAUAUCUGCUGCAUCAUCCGCUGUACCAUUGACAAACAGUUUGAGAGAAGGCGCAGAUAACAUUUUUACUGACUCCUCUGCUUCUGCGAUUAGCAUGGCAUUUUUGGCAUUCUUUGCUCUUGCCAUUUCUGCCAUCAUUUCUGGAUAUAAACUUGCUAAUCAAACCUAUAUCUGAAAGAAAGAAAGGCAAUUUUUCUUUUCUUGUCAUUGUGAUCCCUUUAAUUUUCCCAUUAUCUGUUUUCCUUUGCCGUUUGCUACUCUUGUAUACACAUCACAAGUAAAUUCGUGUACAUUCCAUUGCUUCAUCAUUUCCUUGUAAAUGUUUAUAGAGGUGAGUGAGAAACAUACUUGUUUCUCAAAGGACAUCUGAUUGUAAGUAACUCCGCAAAGUUGAUUCUUUUGUGAAAUGAUAAUCCACCAUUGAGGUUUCCUUAUGAAUGUAGCGUGAUUUUGUGAGUACUGCUGAAGUUCUAUGAAACAGUUAAUUUGCUGAUUGUCUUGAGGCUCACCUAUAUGAUUUCGCUGGUAUAUUAUUACGUUAGAAGCUCCAGAAAAGAGUUCAGAAUUGAAAACCUUUUCUCUCAGGGACAACAUUUUAAGAAGAAAUUCUGUUAAAAGAUUAUUUGGUUUGAAGAUACAUCUUUUCUACUACACUUGAAGGACAACUGCUCAGCUCUAAUGAACCUAUAAAAGAAUAAAGAAAUUAAAUGAAAUCCUAUCAUAACACCCCCC